AUGAGCGUCCACUCCUUCGACUAUGCCCAGCAACCUCCUACCCGUCACGAGCCCCUUCAUACGAUAGAUAUCGAAGCCGGACGUGCCUCGCCCUCCUCUCAGAUAUCCCCCACUGGAAGAGAAGGAUCUAUUGUGGACUCGUUCGUGCCGGCAGCGAGGGUCAACACAUCUGAAACAGCCAAGAGACGAACCCGAAGGUCGAAUACCGCACGAUCAUACCAUCCGGAGGGAUUCGCACAAGACCCAUCCUGGCAACCUGGAACAGAACCGGGUAUUGACCCGACAAAACCACUCCCCGCCUACAGCUCGGAAUGGUACUCCAAUCUACCUGCAGAUCUGCAACGGCAAUGCGAAAUCACGGUCGUUGACUUCUCGCAGAAUGAGAUGAGACAGUACGAGCUCGAUAAUGAGACGCUUGGGCCAUUCCUAGCACGCGAAAGAGAAUCCUGGGUUCAAUGCCGUUGGAUCAACGUGAACGGGCUAAGCUGGGAUGUAAUCCAGAUGCUUGGAAAUCACAAGGGGCUGCAUCGUCUGGCAAUCGAAGAUCUUGUUCAUACGACCAAUCGCACCAAGGCCGAUUGGUACUCAGACCAUGCCUUUGUUGUCCUGACUUUACAGAAACUCGUCAAGCUCCACGACGAGAAAAGCGACUCGGACUCGGAAGAUGAAGGACCGAAUGGAUGGGACAAUAAGCAAAGGAGGAAGAGCUCCGUCUCAAGCAGUAAGAGCUCUGUCACAAUGAGACGACCAACCAAGAGACAUCUUAUAUGGGAGGCGUUAAAGGAUCUCUUCCGGUCUCAACGACCCUCAAGCCGGCAUGGCAAAGAAAAAACGACAGUUGGGUCGAGUGUCCGCCCUGGCCCAGGGAUACAAAAUUCGAAAUUCGCAUCUCAGUUCGGCGAUGUGGCGGACGGGUCAAGGGCGACGGCUCGAACCAUCCAGCGUUAUCGUGGUGGACCGAACGAGGACCGAAUCGAAUUCAUGGAACGCCAUGCUUCACUUGCUUCGAAAGGGCUGUGCGUCACGUUAGAGCAAGUCUCCGUGUUCCUUCACGCAGAUAACACAGUGACGUCCUUCUUCGAAACGAGUGCCGACGAUAUUGAAGCUCCGAUCGUUCGACGUCUUAGCUCACCCGAAACAAUUCUCCGUCAGUCCUGUGACGCUAGUAUGCUGCUUCAGGCAAUCUUGGACGCCGUGAUUGAUCUUGCCAUCCCGGUCACUAUGGCCUAUCAAGACGCUAUUGGAGACCUGGAGCUGGAGGUUUUGACUGACCCGAAUAUUGACCAGUCAAAGAAUCUCUAUAUUUUGACUUCUGAAAUUGCUAUUCUUCGUAAUUCAAUGCAGCCAUUGAUGACUGUCAUCAAUGCUCUUCGUGAUCAUCGAUCGGUACCUGUUGGCACGCCCGGCAUUGGGAUACUACGCGGCGGCCCAUUCAGUCCGACUGGGGCAGCUACUCCAGCCGACCCCUCUGAGCUUCGACCACCCACCGAAACACCGCAUAUUGGAACCAUUACUCCCAACCUAAAGAGCCUUGGAGGCACGACUAUCACCAUCAGUUCCAUGUGUCACACAUAUCUUGGAGAUGCGCUGGAUCAUUGUAUUACUAUAGUUGAAGGAUACGAUCAGAUGAGGCGCGCCGCUGACAACAUGAUCGAUCUUAUCUUCAAUACGAUUGGUGCCUAUCAAAACGAGAGUAUGAAGCAACUGACCAUUGUCACCUGUUUGUACCUACCAAUGACCUUUUUGACGGGAUAUUUUGGAAUGAAUUUCGUGCGCUUUCAAGGCAUCGAAAACAGUGAUUCGUACUUUUGGAAGAUUGCAAUCCCUUUUAUCUUCGUCACGACCCUUCUAUUGAUGCGCGACAAAAUCCAGCGCUAUGCCGUCAUGCUCGCACAGAGACGACUCAUUGUCAGUUCGAGGGAGCAGCGACGACAGAGAAAAAAGAAGAGCUAG